CCGGAGUCGGCGAGAGCCCGAGCAGCGGCGGCGCAGGGCUCCGGGCCGGGGCGGAGCUGGCGGCGUUGGGGAGGAGGCGGCACGGCCGCAGCAGAGCCGGGGCUGAGGGGCACAGCGAGGCUCGGCCGGCGGAGCGGCGGCAUGCGGCGGUGUCGGGGCGCGGGGCUGGCGGCGCUGCCCGCGGUGCUGCUGCUCGUGGCAGUGGCCAGAGCGCAGGUACAGCAGGAGCCGUCAUUGGAGACCACCGAAGGCACCGGCAUCAACAUCACCUGCUCACAUCCCAAAAUCCAGACCAGCGAAACCAUCUACUGGUACCGCCAGCUCCCUGGCCGGGGACCUGAAUACCUCGCGAGCGUUCACAAGGACUCCAAAAAGCUGCCGGGCAUUGCAGGAGAGCUGUGGGUGUCGGCAGACCGGCGCUGGAGCGCGCUGCGGCUCGGUGGGCCCCGGCGCGGGGACGCGGCCGUGUAUUACUGCGCGCUGGGCCCACGGGCAGAGGAGCCGGGGCUGCGGCCGGGCACGAACCGCCGCGGGCGGGGCCGGGCGGGGCCAGCAGGGGGCGCUGCCGCUCCGCCCGCCGGGGCCGCCUCGCCCCGCUCGGCCCGGGACCCCGGGGCGCUGCCGGCACCGGCACCGGCAAUGGGACAGGGACCGGGCAAUGGGACCGGCGCCGGCAAUGGGACCGGCAAUGGCACCGGCAAUGGGAUCGACAAUGGGACCGGCAAUGGGACCGGCAAUGGGACCGGCACCGGCAAUGGGACCGGCACCGGCAAUGGGAACGGCAAUGGGACAGGGACCGGCAAUGGGACUGGGACCGGCACCGGCAAUGGGACCGGCACCGGCAAUGGGACCGGCACCGGCAUAGACACCAGUAUUGACAUUGACACCAGUAACCGUUGA